AUGGCGAGCGAGGGCGGCGCGUACCGGCUUCGCUGCUCCUUGGUUGGGCAUGGGCAGGACGUGCGAGGCCUGACCAGCAGCCUUUUCCCACAGGGUGGUUUCGUGUCUGUCUCCCGGGAUCGAACUGCGCGUCUCUGGACUCCUGAUGGUCCUACCAGGGCAUUUACUGAAAUGCACUGCAUGAGUGGCCACUCAAAUUUUGUAGCUUGUGUGUGCAUCAUACCUCCAAGUGACCUCUAUCCUCGUGGGCUGAUUGCAACUGGUGGCAAUGAUCAUAAUAUUUGCAUUUUCACAGUUGAUAACCCAGCGCCCCAUUAUACCCUGAAGGGUCAUAAGAACACAGUUUGCAGCCUUUCAUCAGGGAAAUUUGGCACAUUAUUGAGUGGAUCCUGGGACACCACAGCCAAAGUGUGGUUGAAUGACAGAUGUAUGAUGACAUUGCAGGGUCACACAGCUGCAAUCUGGGCAGUGAAAAUACUUCCUGAACAAGGCUUAAUGUUGACUGGGUCAGCUGACAAAACCAUUAAACUGUGGAAGGCAGGCAGAUGUGAAAGGACGUUCACUGGACAUGAAGAUUGUGUGAGAGGCUUGGCUAUUCUCAGUGAUACAGAAUUCCUUUCCUGUGCUAAUGAUGCUAGUGUCCGAAGAUGGCAGAUCUCUGGCAAAUGUCUGCAGGUGUACUAUGGACAUACAAAUUAUAUAUACAGCAUCUCUGUCUUCCCUCACUGUAAAGAUUUUGUAACUACUGGAGAGGAUAGAUCUCUUAGAAUAUGGAAACAAGGCGAAUGUGCGCAAACAAUCAGACUCCCAGCUCAGUCUGUAUGGUGCUGCUGUGUUUUAGACAAUGGUGACAUCGUAGUUGGUGCAAGCGAUGGAAUUAUAAGAGUGUUUACAGAGUCUUUGGAACGUACAGCAAGUGCUGAGGAGAUUCAAGCUUUUGAAAAUGAGCUUUCCCAAUCAUCCAUUGAUCCCAAAACUGGUGAUUUAGGAGAUAUUAAUGCUGAAGACCUUCCUGGAAGAGAACAUCUUAAGGAUCCCGGAACAAGAGAUGGACAGACACGGCUUAUUAAAGAUGAUGGGAAAGUAGAAGCCUACCAGUGGAGUGUUAGUGAAGGAAGAUGGAUAAAGAUUGGUGAUGUUGUUGGUUCUUCUGGAGCCACACAACAAACAUCUGGAAAGGUUUUAUUUGAAGGAAAGGAGUAUGACUAUGUUUUCACUAUUGAUGUAAAUGAAAAUGGGCCUUCCUACAAAGUGCCAUAUAAUAUCACUGAUGAUCCAUGGCUGACUGCAUACAACUUCCUGCAAAAGAAUGAUCUCAAUCCCAUGUUUCUGGAUCAAGUGGCCAAGUUUAUUAUGGACAAUACUAAAGGGCAAACACUGCUGAGUGCAAGUUCUGAAUUUUCAGAUCCAUUUACAGGUGCUGGACGUUAUGUUCCAGGCUCUUCAUCUGGAUCAAGUACCAUGCCUGCAGCAGAUCCAUUUACAGGUGCUGGUCGCUAUGUUCCUGGUUCAGCAUCAAAUGCAGUGGCUCCAGUGGGUUGGGUUGAUCCAUAUACAGGAAUGGGUGCCUACCAGUCAGCUGCAGCUAAAGCUGAAAAUAUUUAUUUUCCAAAGAAGGAUGCUGUGACCUUUGACCAGGCUAAUCCUAUGCAGAUACUGGGCAAGUUAAAGGAACUUAAUGGCAGUGCAACUGAAGAACAUAAACUUACAGAAGACGACUUGAUAAUCCUAGAAAAGUUACUGUCAGCAACAUGCAACACCUCUGCAGAAACACCUACAGCACAGCAAAUUCAGACUUUAUGGAGAGCCAUUCACUGGCCAGAAGAUAUUGUCUUUCCAGCCCUAGACAUUCUUAGGUUGUCUGUCAGGCAUCCCACAGUGAAUGAGAACUUCUGCAGUGAAAAGGAUCAUGUACAAUUUAUCAUCCACCUUCUUAAAUUUCUGAACCCUAAAGGCAAGCAAGCAAACCAGCUGUUGGCACUUAGAGCUCUUUGCAAUUGUUUUGUCAGCCAGGCAGGCCAGAAGCUCAUGAUGGAACAGAGGGAUGAAAUAAUGACACAAGCAAUAGAAAUGAGAUUGGGCAAUAAUAAGAAUGUCCACAUUGCACUUGCCACACUGACACUGAACUAUGCUGUAUGUUUACAUAAAGACAACAACAUUGAGGGGAAAGCUCAAUGUUUAUCAGUAAUCAGCACAAUUAUGGAAGUUGUUCAAGAUCUUGAAGCUGUUUUUAGACUCCUUGUGGCUCUUGGGACGUUAAUCAGUGAUGAUACAAAUGCUGUGCAAUUAGCUAAGUCUCUUGGAGUUGACUCUCAAAUAAAAAAAUAUGCCUCUGUAUCAGAACCAGCUAAAGUAAAAGAGUGCUGUAGGUUUGUUCUUAAUCUGCUCUAGCUGUUGUGGUUUUUUAGCACUAGAGAGACAGUGUAUUGCAAGGAAAAAAAAGAUGUUUUGUUCUUACUUUAUGACAGACUAUCAUUGAGAAAAUAUUGGGGAUGAAUUACACUUGCUUUAUUGCAAGAAAAAUAAAACUUUUUACACUAUUUGCCAGUUGACUGCUUUUCUGAGCACAGGAUCUUUUUAUGAAGUCCUCUAAUGUAGCUCAGAUGAAAAUAGGUCACCAAGAAGUUAAACCAUCUCAGUACUUGCAGGUCAUCUAGAUGAAGAUGUAGGAAAUGUCUGGGAUUCAGUGACUGUCAGCUCUGACACCCACUGUGAUCACAUUUGUACAUUUCAGCCCAAGAGUGUUUCUUGACCCUGUUCUUUGUUAGCAGAGAAGUGGCUCUGAGGACUGCUGCUAAGUUCUGUGGUGCUUGUCACAAGCUUAUUAGUUAACAGAUUAAUAUUAAGCCCUGUCAAAUAUCCUGGUAAAGAAGCAGCAUUUACCUAAUUUUCCAUCAGCUUUUUUCCACUUCCUUUUUCAGACCUAGCUCUUUUAUGGCUCUUAACUGUUUUUAAACCUAGAACUAGGUAACUUCUGGGGGUAGAAUCUUAAACUGCCAUAUAAAUGCCCUGCUUAGCUGGUUAAGUGAAUAUUAUGUAGCUUGUAAAAUGACUUGAAUAUCUACAAAAGCUUUUACAUAACUUUUAAUGACAGGAAUAUUGCACCAGUUGAUAGCAAGUGUCUUGCUCUGAAGUAUGUUGUAAAAUAUUAGCUGAAUUUUUAAUAAAUGAGUAGGAGAGAAAUUUAUGUGUAGGGAACAGAUUGAGCAGCAGAAACAAAGAGGGAGUCAGUUCCACAAGCCUGUCAAUAUUUCAGACAUUUGGACAAUUUUCUUUAACUUAAAGAUCUUUUAAAAUCAAAAUACUCUGUUCUAAGCUGUACAGAUGUAAAAUCACAUUUUAUGAAGUAGCUUUAAUGUGAUAACUAUGGUGGUUGAAAAGGCAAAAUAGUAUUUUACACCUAUUUCAUCAUAUCCAAAUUAAUUCCUACCGCUCCUACAAAUGUUGUGUUUUGGUUUAGAAUUAAGAUGAAGUCAAGAUACUCAAUGUUGAAGUUACAUUUUUUCAUUAGACAAAUAGAACAGAAAGCAUUAAAAAAAUGGACAAGCUUUUCUGGCAUGAGAGCUAUAUCACAUGACAGCUAUCUGCCUCAUCUGUGCCAGAUGUAAAGGGUUUUGUGACUACACGCUGCUAAUGUUUUAAUUCUCCAUUUAACAACUGUGAGUUACUACAUCCAACAAACCUUAUUUCUCAGAUCCUUAGUUGCACAUUUGUAGUGUUACACUUCUGAUGAAUUUCCAGAUGCAUAUCCUCACAAAAAAGGCCUUUAUCAUGGCUUUAGUCACAAGUUUUCUCAUCUGAUCCCUUGCAGGCUCAUGUAUAAGGCAGUCCGUAAGAAAUUAUUCAGGAUUUACAGUGCUUAACAAUAAAUCAACCCCUUCCUGGGAAAAACAUAAGAAACUACCUUUAGGAAUCAUGUCUGUGAAAUAAUGUGCCUGUCUGUUGAAUUUUCAUUGCCUACUAUACAAUUGUUCUUGAAGCUUUAGCUUUAUAAUGUUGUGCUUUUAA